UAUCUUGAAUAUCAAGGAUUAUAAAUUGCUAUAUUGACUAUGGUUUGGAUCUUGUUACGCUACUGUUACUCAAACUCAUAAUGGAAGCAAUCGAAAUCACCUUAGAAGUUAAUCAAAGAAUUAAGAACUGGCGAGUCUAGUGUCACGAAGUGGUUAACUGAGUGUAAGUGGGUGUCACGUUCCUGAGCAUGCUAGGCCGGAAAAAUAUAAAUUGGGCCAAUCCAACUGUGAUAGCGAUAAAAUAUUGCCUUUUAGCUUGAAUAAUCCAUUUAUUUAUUUUUAAUUUGACAAAUAUCUUUAAUAAUUUUGUACUGAUGACGUUUGGUUUAAUAGUGAAUCCGUUCUAUUAGCUCAUAAAAUUUCUGAACCAAAAAAAUGAUUAGUAGUGUGCUAUUGGCAGUUGUGAGUGUUUUAUUCUUUAUUAAUUUUACAUGGAGCCACCAGAAAAGGAAGAAGUAUCCACCAGGACCAUUCGCUUGGCCACUGAUUGGAAAUCUUCAUCUUCUUCGUAAAUUCUCACGUGACUGUGGAGGCCAACAUUUAGCACUUUUGGAAUUUUCACGUCUUUAUAAUAGCGAUUUAAUAGCUUUAAAACUUGGAAGAAAUAAUGUGAUAGCAGUAUCCGGUCGAAAAGCUAUUCAGACUGUUUUAAAAAAUGAAGAAUACGAUGGUAGACCUUGGGAUGAAUUUAUAAAACUUAGAAACAUGGGGUUGAGGAAAGGAAUUACAAUGUCAGAUGGACCGGAAUGGAAAGAGAUUCGUAGUUGGUUCGUUAGAACAUUUAGAGAUCUUGGUUUUGGUCGAAGUCAAAUGUUUAAUCUUAUUAAAGAGGAGCUUGCGAAAGUUUUGGAAAAUUUAAAGGAGGGUGGCGUUCGAUGUUUAAAACCAGUAACUGUAAAUGCUGUAAUUAACGUAUUGUGGACUUUGACUACAGGAAAACGAAUUAGUGACGAAAAAAGACUGAAAUAUUUCGUUAAUUUAAUGGAUAGGCGAGCAAAAGCUUUUAGCAUGGGUGGUGGAGUUCUUUCGAGUUUUCCCUGGAUUCGAUACAUCGCUCCAGAAGCAUCAGGAUACAAUCUUCUCAUGAGUCUGAACAAAGAGCUUAAAAGUUUUUUCAUGGAGACAAUUGAGGAGCAUAAGAUAAAUUAUGUGCCAGGGAAUGAAAGUGAUUUGAUUGAUAUGUUUCUUCAAGAAAUGUAUUCUGGAAAAGGUCCAUCAGCUUCUUUCACGGAGGACCAGUUGGUUCUUAUUUUACUGGACAUUUUUAUUGCUGGGAUCAUUACAACCGCCAACACGCUGGACUUUCUUUUCUUGAAUGUCUUAAUUCAUCAGGAUGUGCAAAAAAAUAUCCACCAAGAACUGGAUUCUAUUAUAGGCCGAAAGAGAUUUCCAGAAAUUAGUGAUAAACAAAAGUUGCCUUAUUUGGAGGCAGUUACGACUGAAUCUCAACGACUCUUCUUGGUGACUCCAAUUAUUGGUCCCCGUCGAGUGCUUCGAGAUACUGAAUUAUUAGGCUAUUUUAUUCCUAAGGAGACGUCUAUUCUCAUUAAUGUUUACAGUUCUAAUACAUGUAAGGAUCGUUAUUUAAAUCCUACAUCUUUUGUACCAGAGAGGUUCAUAAAAAACGGAUCGUUCCAAUCUGAUGACAAUUUGAUCUUGUUUGGACAAGGGAAAAGAAGAUGCCCUGGUGAAAUUUUGGCUAGGUCAGCAAUCUUUUUACUAUUUUCUGGUGUAUUGCAACGAUUCGAACUCCAUCCAUUACCUGGCCAGCAGCCUCCAGUUUUAAAUAUUGUUCCAGGACUCACAAUCUCUCCUAAACCUUAUGAGAUUUUACUCGUACCUCGAAAAGAAACUACCUAGAGACAUUUUAUUUGAAUUGUGCAAAGCGUGAUAGAAUAUUCUUCAAUAAUAAGUAUGGAUUUCAAUUCAAGCUAAGCAAUAUCAUUGCAUUUUAUAUACUUAUUUUCAACUUCUUGUUGUAACUGCUGCGGAUUAGGGCGGGGUAAAAAUGAUGAAAUGACUCGAAUGAUUUGACGCGAGAAAAAAAUCUUGGGGUUUCGUAACCCAGUACAGUUUUUUUGUGAAUUACAACUACCAAAAAUAAAAAAAAUUUAAUAUA